GGACCAAUAAAGUUUAUCCACAAGAUAUAAUUAUUUUAUCCCCAUUUGUGCUAAACCAGAAGUUAGCCAACUUGGCGGACGUUUCUAGUGCGCACGCUCCAUGAGCUCCACAACGCAGAGGAUCCGGAUAAUUUCAUACCCAGGAAGUCGAGCUUUUUUGGCUUCACAACGCCACUGAGCAGCUCUCUUGGGAAUGAAUAGGGCUCCACAUCUUACACCAUGUCGAGAUUUAAUAAAACGUCCUUGCUAUUACUUGCUAGUUAGCAUAAGGUCAUCUCUGUUAUUUCAUCACCAUCUGUUGAUAAUCUGUUCAGCGACUUUCUUGAUUGUCUGGAAAGAAAUUUAGAUAUUUCCUCAAUAAACUGAGCAACAACAUGUUUUUUUUUUUGGUUGUUUUUUGUGCCAGAAACUCGACUUUCUAUAAGACAAAGAAGAAGGGCAUGGCAUGCCUGUGAGUACUGUACUUCAACCGAGACGUGACACCCUAAUUGGAGCUUUCCACUUGUUCUCCGGGGAAAAUUGAUCACCUCGGCUUCAGCCGGUGACACUUUUACAGUGCUAGCAACAGUGACGAAAAAGAAACUUCCCAGUGAGCGUAGCAUUUUCAAGAGAGGUGGUGAAAAAACAAAAACCUUCAGCCACCUCCUUGAAUGAACACUCCCCGCUCACACCGCCCCCCCUCGCUGUCUCGGGGAUGGUGUGGUCCAGGAAGCGCGCCUCUCCUCUCCUCUCUCCUCUCUCCUCUCCGGCUCCGGUGAAUCAGCUGACGAAUGGUAUCUCCCUCCUCUCUCCCCGGAUGGAUCGCUCCGCUGAAGCCGGGCAGCCUGAGCGCUGACACAGGAGCAGGUUGCCCACCGCUCGCUCUCCUCCUGCUGCCGCCGCCGCCGCCGCUGCUGGAUGUCACGGAGACCGAGCCGCGAGUAAAGAAAAAAGCUCCCGCCAACCCCUCACGAGAAGAGGUUACUUUAUUGAAUUUUCUCUCUCUCUCUCCCCCCCCACCCCGCCUCGCCUCGGGCUGGAAGCUGCCCCGCUCCCUCCCCCCUCACCCCCCCCUUUCACCAUGGCUUCCAACUUCAACGACAUAGUCAAACAGGGAUACGUGAGGAUACGGAGUAAGAAGCUGGGGAUUUUCCGGAGGUGUUGGCUGGUGUUCAAGAAAGCCUCCAGUAAAGGACCCCGACGGUUAGAGAAGUACCCAGACGAGAAGGCAGCGUACUUCAGGAGCUUCCACAAGAUCACUGAGCUCCAUAACAUCAAGAACAUUACCCGGAUGCCGCGGGAGACGAAAAAGCACGCCGUGGCCAUCAUCUUCUGUGACGACACAUCCAAGACAUUUUCCUGUGAAUCGGAGCUGGAUGCAGAGGAAUGGUGCAAGCUGCUGUGCGUGGAGUGCCUGGGCAGCCGUCUCAACGACAUCAGCCUGGGAGAGCCGGACCUGUUAGCAGCGGGGGUGCAGCGGGAGCAGAACGAACGUUUCAACGUGUACCUGAUGCCCACCCCCAACCUGGACAUCUACGGGGAGUGCACCAUGCAGAUCACCCACGAAAACAUCUACCUGUGGGACAUCCACAACGCUCGCCUCAAACUCGUCAUGUGGCCUCUCAGCUCACUGCGCCGAUACGGACGAGACUCCACCUGGUUCACUUUUGAGUCGGGAAGGAUGUGUGACACAGGAGAGGGUUUGUUCACGUUCCAGACGCGGGAGGGGGAGAUGAUCUACCAGCGGGUCCACUCGGCCACGCUGGCCAUCGCCCAGCAGCACGAGAGGAUGAUGGAGGAGAUGGAGAAGAGCUCGCAGAUCCACUCCAGAGAGACGCUCACCAAGUCCAUCUCCCUGCCACGCAGCGCCUACUGGCAGCACAUCACGCGUCAGAACAGCGUGGGAGAUCUCUACAGUUACCAAGGGAGUGGUGGAAGGGAAAGACUGGCGGACAGAGGAAGCGGCCUGACAAUGACUUUCAUCCCUCGAGCACAGACGUUCCCCAGCUUUCUGUCUGACGAGCCGGAGCGGGAGGAGGAGGAGAGCCAGCGCCAGGAAGAGGCGCCAUCGCCCUCUAGUGGCUGCGAAUCCAGUUGCAGCCUGAGAGCCCUUCAAUGACAGAGAAUUGCUCUCCCACGACUGGACACUUUACCCUCCGCUGUAGAAAGGUUGUAGAAAUAUGUAUAGGGACAUGUGUAAUAUAUCAUUUCCUGGUGAACAAUAGUGUCAACUGUAGGGCGAGUGGGACUAGAAAAGGAUCCCGAGAAGGGGUGAUUCUUGUGUGUGCUGUGUGACAGCAGCGAGAUUGCACCAAAAAUCAUGUUUAAAUGUAGUUUUUAAGUUGUCAUUAUCCCCUCAAAGCCAGCAGGACCCCCCCCCCCCUUCCCACCCAAACCUCUGCACUACAUAGUACUAGAAGUUAAAGGUACUAACACUGUAAAACAGUAUUUCCUUCUGAAAUUGAUGAAAUCAUACUGGGUCUCAUUCCAACAAUGUGCCGCCUCAGCAACCAUGUUCCAGAGAAACUCCACCAUCUUUGACAUGCAAUCCUCCCCGUGCUCGCUCCACUUUGCUCCCUUCUCAAAGAAUGUGAAAUUGAUCAAUGCCUUACACAAAGAAAAAAAACAAAAAACAAAAAAACGCUUCACUUUGACGGCAGUGAUGAAUCAGCUAAAGCCCUUAAUCGGUUACACCCAGCAUAAAAAGGGGGGGGGGAAGAGUCAUUCAGAAAUGUGCUUCAAGGAUAUAGGAGUGGACUGCCGUGUCAGAAAUGAUGGAAUGCAACCUUCUCGCAGCCUCUUCUUCAGACUGCCAAACCCACAUUACACUAAAGCAGAGCAAUUUGGUUCUAAUGGCUCGCCAGCUCUUCUCCAGACUCAUAUACUGCACAGUGUGUGAUAGCUGGCUCAUUAGCAGAGGGAAAGAGGUGAGAUGCUGGUGACCUGAUGGUGCGAGCUGUGCAAGGCAGAAGUAAAGUGCUAUGUCCGCUUUUAAUAUUGAAAUUUGGGAGGAAAACAGCUUCAGUGUAAAAAUCUGUUUAGCAAAAGGCGCAAAAUUCUUAAUUUCUGACCCAGCAGUCCGACAGCUAACUUACUGUCAGUCCCCAGUGCUGUCUUGUUUUCAUCUUAUUAGCAACAACAGAGUUUUGGGAAGUCCAAUUAUUUGCUGACAGUUAGAUGAGAGGAUUGAUGCGGCUCUCAUUGCUGUACAAAAAUGGCCAUUUAUCCCAAGACCUGGAAACAGGAUCAACAGCUAGCAGGGCUCCGUCCAAAGCUGAAAAAAUUGGCCUGCCUGCGCCUGGCGAGCCACAGCUUGCUGCUUUUACACUUCAGUUUUCAUACAGAAUAAACAAAUGAGAUAUAUCUUGUUAAUUGGAGUGCUGUACAGGGGCUGGUAAGCAGAGCUAGCUUAGCCAGCCACAGUAGUGUUCCCUUUUUCCAGUGUUUGUGCUUAGCUAAUUAAGCUAACCAGCCUUUGGUGUUACAGCUUUGUAUUUAGGAAACGGACAACAGCUUACAUGAGAAGAUUAAUACCACUUUCAUGUCUAUGUGAAACCACAACUUGUUGCUUGCACACUUAAGUUUUCUUACAGAAUAAACAAAUUAGAUUCAUCUUAUUACAUUUAUUUAAUUAGUGAGCUUUGUAGGUGCUAGGUUAGCUUAGCUUGUUUCCCUAUUUUCCAGUGUUUGAGCUCAGCUAAUUAAGCUAACCAGCUGUUUAGUAGUAGCUUCAUAUUUAUCAUACUAUCAUCAAGAGUGGUAUCAAUCUUCUCAUUUAACUCUAACCAAAAAGAAAGUAUUGCAAUUGAAAACACAUAAUUUGACCCAGUAGCCUGGCUGCUACCUUAUUACUGCCGAUUUCCAAGCCUUUUUUUCUGUUUAUUAGCAACAGUAUGAACCAGAAAGAGACAUUUGGGGAAAUCCACUUAUUUUCUUUCUUGCCAAGAGUCGGAGAGCAGACUGAUACUAGUUUCAUGUCUGUGCAUAGAUAUAGAUAGAGAUAUAUAUAUAUAUAUCUCAUACAGACAUGACAGUAUCAAUAUUCUUAUCUAACCCUGUCAAGAAACUAGAAGGUGUUUCAACAGUUCCAACAGAAUUACGAUAAAACACACUUUCUGAUCCAGUAGCCUGAAAACGACCUUAUUUUCAGUGUCAGUUGAAUGCUGUGUUGUUUUCCAUUCAUUAGCCUCAUUAGCAACUGUGUGAACGAGAAAGAAAUCAUGUUCGAGGCCAUUCUCGAUCACCAGAAGACCAUUUUAGUAAACCCCUUCUGUAGCAUGUGAGUUUUGAAUUUGUUUGUCCCUCAGUACAUGACAACUGUGGCGAUAACGUCCUCCUUGAGUAAGAAGUGCCUUUCUGACACAGACUGCAGAGUGUGAGACCUCACCAGGGCGCCAUCUUCGGGCUUUGAGUUUACCUUUGUGGAUAGAAUUUAGCUCUGUACCGCUUGAAAAAAAAAAAAAAUAAAAAAAAAAUAAUAAUAUAUAUAUAUAUAUAUAUAUAUAUAUAUAUAUAUAUAUAUAUAUAUAUAUAUAUAUAUAUAUAUAUAUAGUCUAACGUUUUCUCUCUUAUAUACUGCAGACCCAGCUGUGAAAGGCUAUGCCACGUUAAAAUACUCACAACUAACUGAAGCAGAGCCAACUAAGAAUAACACACAUUACCUGUUGGUAGGUGGGCGUUAGCAGACACUUAUCAUCCAUUUACAUUUUUGUCGUAAUCUGCUUGUUACACGUUUUGGAAAAAGACAUGAUUCUCUUACAUACAGAUAUUCCAGCACUCACGACAAUCAGUUUAAGGCGGGCAAAGCACCCGUUUUGUCCAGACAUCAAGUUACAAGCACUGAUUUUGUGUUGAAGUUUAAUAGUCAGUCACUUUUAUUUGUAUUUAAAGAACUCACAUUUUAUAUUAAUUUGAGCAUCAAACAACAAGUGCCCAUCUGCCAGUGGCUCUGCACACGGAGCUCAAGGUAACGGUUUGUAGAAAUAUAAGACAGUUGUUGAUGUUUGGCCACAUUUCUGCCGUACUCAUCUUGAGUCUUAGCUCAAGUGUGUUCAAUAUAUAUAUAUACAUAUAAUAAAUCUGCUGCAUCUGGACUGUUCUGGAGCCAUGCUGUGGAGCCCCGAGGACGUUAUAGUUGACUGUGUUUACCAUUUACAGUUUUUUUUGUCGUUCGCCGUAGCAGCUCACUUGUUGAAGGUACGACGUGUCGUCAUGAUUUCCUCUGUUGUUGACUGUGUUUGUAUCCGCCAUGUUUCGUGUUCCGUUACUGUCAGAUUAUAUGUUGAUAGCACUUUGAAUACAUUGAGUGUAGGACUACAGUUUUCACUAAAUGUACAUAUGUAAUGUUUUUGAUGAUAAAAAAAGGUAAUAAAAUUGAAUGUUCGAUCAUGUA